CGCCAGCGGGCGCAGAGGCGCGCCCGCAAGGAGCAGGCCAAGCAGAGCGCCAGUUCUGGGGGCGCCGGUGGCGGCGGCUCAGCUGGCGGAUUCCCCGGCGGGUUCCCAGGUGGCUUCCCCGGCGGCUUCCCUGGCGGAUUCCCUGGCGGAUUCCCCGGCGCAGCUGGCGGCGGCGGCGGCGGCGGAGGUGGCAUGCCAGGCGGCGUCGACAUGGCCGAUUUGAUGGGCGCCAUGAAGGAUCCCGAGGUGGCUGCCGCCAUGCAGGACAUCCUUGGCAAUCCGGCCAACAUCACAAAGUACGUGUCCAACCCAAAGAUCUUCAACCUGAUCAAGAAGUUCGUGCCCGGCGGCGAUGUGGGAGCUGCUUUUGCCCAGGCGGAGGAGAAAUCCGAGGAGCCGAGCGAGCCGAAGACCAAGAAGGGAUCCGCCGACUUCGUGGACGAUGGCUUGGACUAAAGGCAACCAGGGAUCGCAGGGACUCCAUAUAGGAAACACACAACACACACGACACAUGCGGCGAUGAAAAUGAGUUAACAAGUCACACACACACGAAACAGAGCGAGAUGAAAACAACGACAAGCAAGGAGCGAGCGAGGGAGAGCGAUGAUUCGAGGAGGGGAAAUAACAAAAACUGGGAAAAGAAGGAGGAAAAGCUGCUGCCUUACACAUUUCCCAGCUCGCAAUUAAGUUGAACAUUUCCCUGCGCUUUAUCUUAAAUCACACUAAAAACAAAAUGAAGAAUUGGCGAAGCAGAAAAUAUAUACAUAAAUACAAGCAGUCAGAAGAAUAAGUAACUUUUAUGCAAAAACAGAGAGAAGAGAUGAUGGUGAUGGCCCAACACAUUUUUCAAAAGCUUUUUCUUUUUCUUAACCAUUAAGCCACUGAAGAAAACACGACUAAGAGCUAGAGUACAUUUAAAAGCUUUUCCCAAUUUUCACACAAGAAGAUCAGCAAGUGUCCUGUGAAGAAAUCAACUACAAAUGUUUCCUUACCUAACAUUUAAAGGUCUAAAGUCAAGUCUGUCGAUCGAUCUAGUUGAACUAAAGCUCGAUAAGAAACCAAAACAAAACGAAACAAGAGAAAUAAAAAUAUAUAUAAAUAAUUAGCCUUAAUUAACGAUACUCGGAGACAUCAAUUAUAACAGGCCGAAAAACGGAAAAAAACUGAAAAAAUGAAAAACUUAAAAAACGGAAAAACUAAUCACACCAUUUUGUCAAACAAAAUUGUACUGAGUAGGAUUUGAAUAAUAUAUUGUACUAAGCAAAUGCAUUUAGCCACUCGAAAAGCAAACAUUCGCCCACUCAUAUUCACAACAUACAUAUUCACGUACACAUUUAUUCACGGCCUGCAGGCGACAAGUCGAACAUUCAUUCAACCGUGAUCAAUGGAAUUAAAUAAACGAGAAUCCGAAGUGCUAA